AUGACGGCACUCCGGAAGAACAACAUUUGCUUUGACCAACGCUUCACCUAUCGAUGGAUGGACGAAGACACGCCACCGUCACAGCUCGGGACUGGCAACAACCAAGACGGCAAGGAGAAUGACUCUCUCAAACGUUUCUCGUCCCAGAACUCGCCUCCUUACUGGAUGCGACACCGCUCUCGAACACACUCAACCAUAGCGUCGAUUGAACCUUUACCAGCAAUUACCUUGAAGGACAACACCGAAGCAGAUACUCAAGCACAUAGCCAACUUUGGGCAAGGUCAAUUACAAUCGACGACCAUGUUAUCGUUCAGGCGAACAGUGUUGGUAUAGGGGCUUACGUCGUUUGGAUCUGUAAAGUCGAGACUCUGGAUGGGAGUCCUAUGACCAUACGAAAACGGUACUCUGAAUUCCAUGAGCUACGGAGCAAGCUACUCAAAGCAUUUCCGGACUCUACAACCAAGUCUCUGCCUCUGCUGCCACCAAAGAGCGCCGUGUAUAAGUUCAAGGCGAAGUUCCUUGAGAAGCGUAGACAAGGACUGUCUUACUUCCUCAACUGCGUUAUGCUUUCCCCACAGUAUGCCAGUUCUAUCAUCAUCAAGGAUUUUAUUUUCGAAAACUCGAACGACUGA